AUGCAUCCGUUUCAAAUCCUACUCCAACGAACCAUCCUGGCAUUGGUUUUACUGCAGCUGGCAUGCGCCAACCCACCGGUACACGCGCGACAUGCCCUGCAUCAUGUUGCCCGUCACCCACAACCGUGGAGCUGGUUCCCAUUUCGAAGCCGCGCACGCGCCGAUGAUCCCGGUCCACCCCCACCCCCUCCAGCUGCCCAACCUGCCCCGGCAUCUCCACCUACUCAACAAGCACCUCCGCCGGCGCCUGCGCCAGCUCCUUCCUCCCCCUCGAACACCUCUCCCCCAGCAAACCCUUCAUCCAAUCAAUCUCCAGUGAAUUCAACUGCUGUACCUCGCACGAACGCCGCGACAGCGGGCUGCUCGACAAUACGCGUUCGGCGUGAAUGGAGGAAACUUAGCCGGGACGAACAAACCGCGUACAUCACCGCGGUCAAAUGUCUAGCUGAUCUCCCUUCCAAACUGCUUCCUGGGGGUGAUUACCGCCGCUACGACGAUUUUGAGAACGUCCACUCCAGGAUGCGCAGCAAAAUCCACUGGAUUGCUGCAUUUUUACCAUGGCAUCGUCAGUUUAUGUUUUACUACGAGCAAGCUUUAAGAAACGAAUGUGGAUAUUCCGGGAAUCUACCACGAUGGGAUUGGACCCUUGACUCGGCUGACAUGUCACAAUCUCCAGUUUGGUCUUCCGACCCCGAUGUCGGCUUCGGAGGCAACGGACGUGAUUUCAGCGAUGUAGAUGAUGGCCUUGACGGGAGCGUCGUAACAGACGGCGCUUUUGCCAACUGGCCAUUAUACUAUCCCGAGUACCAUGAAUUGCAGCGCAGCUACAACCUGCCCUCGCAGUACAAACAAGCCGGACGAAGCUAUGGAAGUCAAUUUUUCGACCCCCCCUCCAUCAAACGAGUUCAAAGCCAAACCUCUUAUGCGAAAUUCGCGCUUGCAUUAGAAGGAACCGACCCGUCCUCCACAGGACCCAGCAACCCGGGGCCGCACAGUAUAAUCCACGUCAUCAUUGGUGGAGAUAUUUCUCCUACUGCCUACGCGGCAAACGAAGUGAGGUGCCUUAUUAAAGCUGACACGUCAUUACACCUCAGGCUAUUUUACCUGCACCACACGAACGUUGAUUUCCACUGGUGGCAAUGGCAAAAUAAUCAACGCUCCAAUCGCUUGAUGGCGUACGGGGGACCGGCCACUCGCGGUUCAACCCGAAACGACGCUAAGCUGACCGACAAUCUCAAGUUUUUAGGCUUGGGCCCCGAUGUACGAGUGCAAGAUACGAUGGACACGUACGCAGCCCCGUAUUGUUACAGAUACGAGUGA